AUGGCUCCUACACUGGAACUUUACGAGAGGGCUGCCGUUGACAAGAUCCCUACCAAGUCCCUCCCCACCAAUGGCACCAGCGUCGUUGGCCUCAAGCUCGAGAGUCCAGAGAAACAUGACAGAGUCUUGAAGGUUUUUAGAGCGUUCAUCGCAGAUCUCUGCCAGCAAUUCAAUGGUGGACAUCCUGGGUCCGCUAUGGGCAUGGCAGCGAUUGGCAUCGCCCUCUACAAGUAUGUCAUGAGGUACUCUCCCAACAACUGCGAGUACUUUAACCGUGACCGCUUCGUACUGUCUAAUGGGCAUGCCUGUUUAUGGCAAUACCUCUUCAUGCACCUCGUCGGUGUCAAGAGCAUGACCCUCGAGCAGCUCAAAUCAUAUCACUCAACAAAGACUGAUUCGCUCUGCCCCGGCCAUCCUGAAAUCGAGAAUGAAGGUGUCGAAGUCACUACGGGUCCCCUCGGCCAAGGAGUCGCCAACGCCGUCGGCCUCGCCAUGGCCACCAAGAACCUGGCUGCCACAUACAACAAGCCAGGAUACGAUCUGGUGAAUAACAUGACGUGGUGCAUGAUUGGUGAUGCCUGUCUUCAGGAAGGUGUUGGUCUCGAAGCAGUGUCUCUCGCCGGUCAUUGGAGACUCAAUAACCUCUGUAUUAUUUAUGACAACAACUCAAUCACUUGUGAUGGCACAGCGGAUGUUGCCAACACCGAGGAUAUCAAUGCCAAGAUGAGAGCUACUGGGUGGAAUGUACUGGAUGUCCUUGACGGAGACUCGAAUGUUGCUGCCAUCGUCAACGCCCUCGUCGCGGCUCGAUCAAGCGACAAGCCCACCUUUAUCAACAUUCGCACAACCAUCGGUUUCGGGUCUUCCAAGGCUGGCAACGCAAAGACACACGGAGCUGCUCUCGGGGUUGACGACGUGGCCAGCAUCAAGAAGUCGUUCGACCUUGACCCGAACGAGCAUUUCCACAUACCACAAGACGUCUAUGACAUAUUCGCAGAUGUUCGCACCCGUGGCGAUGCCUACGAAGCCGAGUGGCAAGAGACUGUGCAGAGGUACAAGAAGGAAGAUCCUGUGCUGGGCACAGAGUUCGGCCUCCGUGUUGCUGGAAAGAUGCCCGACGACUGGACAAAGUGCAUCCCCGAGAAGUCAGAGCUUCCAACGGAGCCCACGGCAUCGCGAAAGUCUGCGGGCAUCGUGACCAAUAUCCUUGGAGAGAGGAUCAAGUCCUUCUUGAUCGGCACCGCAGAUCUUACUCCUUCGUGCAAUGUGGCCUUUAACAACAAGGUCGACUUCCAAUCACCCGACCUUCGAACCGCCUGUGGUCUGAACGGAAACUACAGUGGCCGCUACAUCCACUACGGCAUCCGCGAACACGCCAUGUGUGCCAUCUCCAACGGCCUUGCUGCAUUCAACAAGGGCACCUUCAUUCCCAUGACGAGCUCUUUCUUCAUGUUCUACCUCUACGCCGCCCCGGCUGUCCGAAUGGCAGCCCUCCAGGGACUCCAGCAGAUUCACAUCGCUACCCACGACAGUAUCGGCACCGGCGAGGAUGGACCAACGCAUCAGCCGAUUGCCCUUCCAGCUCUCUAUCGUGCCAUGCCGAACACUCUGUACAUCCGUCCAUGCGAUUCGGAGGAGGUGGCAGGCGCUUUUGUGGCCGCUAUCCAGGCCACUGAAACACCAACCAUCAUCUCUCUGUCUCGGCAGAACCUGACACAGUUCCCACAGCACUCCUCACGCGAGGGUGUGAGCCUGGGCGCAUACGUCUUUGUAGAGGCUGACGGCGAUGAUUUCGACGUGACCCUAAUCGGAGUUGGUUCCGAGAUGGGUCUGACGAUGCAGGCUAAGGAUCUGCUUCUCAAAGAGUACGGCAUCAAGUCAAGAGUAGUCUCUUUCCCCUGCCCCAGGCUCUUUGAGCAACAAUCACGACUGUACAAGCAAUCGGUCCUGAAGCCUCGCUCUGGAAAGCCGACCGUCGUCAUUGAAGCAUAUGCUGCGAACGGAUGGGAGCGGUAUGCCGAUGCGUCGAUAUCUAUGAGGCGAUUCGGAAAGAGUCUUCCAUCAAAGGCAGCAUACGAAUAUUUCGGAUUCAAGCCUGAUAAUGUUGCGACAAAGAUCAAGGAUCUUGUGGAGGAGGUCAAGAGAGAUGGCAUUGAGAUACUGAGGGGUGAUUUCAGGGAUCUCAAUGGAAGCUUGGGCGUUGGCUUUGAGCAUUAG